AUGGCUGGUUUCGCAUCGAAAGCUGCAUUACGUUCCAAAUGGAGUGAUUUGGUUGAAAGUGGUGCCACAAACAUUGAAGCAACAGCCGAGGUUUCUCAGGGGUUGAAACAUGUUGUCGGAUGGCUAAAACAGGCAUCCGUAGAAGUAAGAGAGGCCGGAAAGAGAGCCGUCUCACAGAUACAGAACAAUACACCGAGUUUGCUACCGAAUCUUCACUCAGCAGCGUUAAUUGGCCAGGGGAUCGACCGAGACAGUAGCAGCAUGAUGACCGGUGCUACGGUGGAUAAAUUAACUAUUAUACAUUACAAUGACGUGUACAACAUUGAUGCAAACAGCAAAUCUGAACCAAUCGGUGGAGCUGCACGGUUCUGCACGGCAGUUAAAUCAUUCAAUCAACUGAAUCCUCUGAUUCUAUUUAGCGGUGAUGCAUUUUCCCCAAGCAUGCUUAGCACCUUCACAAAAGGAGAACAAAUGGUUCCCGUGUUAAAUGCCAUCGGAACACACUGUGCCGUUUUCGGUAACCAUGAUUUUGAUCACGGAUUGGAUGUUCUUAGCGAAUGGGUUGAAAAGACUAAUUUUCCCUGGUUGAUGUCGAAUGUAGUCGAUAACGAAACUGGACGACCGUUAGGUGGAGGCAAAAUUACUCAUAUUUUAAAUCACAAUGAGGUGAAAGUGGGUCUAAUUGGUUUGGUGGAGAAGGAGUGGCUGGAUACGCUGCCGACGAUAGAUCCGAACGAAGUAACGUAUAUUGAUUUUAUUAAGGCGGGAAACCAACUAGCAGAUGAGCUACACAAUCAGGGUUGUGAAGUUAUCAUAGCUUUAACCCACAUGCGAACGCCUAACGAUAUUGAGUUGGCCAAACACAGCGGGCACAUCGAUCUUAUAUUAGGUGGUCACGAUCAUGUGUAUGAGAUAUUGAAUAUUGAUGAUACACACGUAAUUAAAUCGGGUACCGAUUUUAGACAAUUUUCGAAGAUUGGCAUUAACCUAGGACGUACUCAGAAUGGUAAAAUUACGGUCAACGUGGAGAAAGUUGAUGUGAAUUCUUCGCAGUAUUCAGAGGACGUCACAUUAAGGGACGAGUUGAAAAAAUACUCCGAAACAAUUGAAUCGAAAAUGGAUGAAAUGUUGGGAAUGUUUACAGUAGAAUUGGAAGGAAGAUUUUCUGCCAUUCGUACAUCUGAAACCAAUCUAGGAAAUUGGAUUUGUGAUGUGGCACUUGCUGCCACUGGCGCCGAUUGUGUGAUUAUUAACUCUGGGACAUUUCGUUCUGAUCAAAUACAUCCCGCUGGACCGUUUACGAUGCGUGACUUGAUCAAUAUCAUACCAAUGCAAGACCCAUUAAUCGUACUAGAAGUUACGGGCAAAAUAUUGCACGAAGCGCUUGAAAAUUCCGUGUCAACGUACCCAAAGUUGGAAGGAAGGUUCCCUCAGAUAGCGGGCAUGUCAUUCGUAUUUGACCCAACAAAACGUCCAGGUGAACGAGUAGAACCGAAACUGGUGCGCCUUGGUGAUGAAUGGUUAAAUUUGGAGCAGAAAUAUACACUAUGCAUUAAGAGCUAUAUAUAUGGCGGAUGUGAUGGAUAUACCAUGUUUAAAGGAUGUCGUGUGCUGCUAGACGACGAUGCUGCGCCAGAGCUUGGAUUGGCCAUCCAGAAUCAUUUCAAAGCAAUCGACAUUCGUUUAGGUAAAACGCAUCACACUAAACAUCGCCAGUCGCUUGUAACUCUGUCACGGCGCCACAGCAUGGUACAGAUGCUCGAAAACCUUGAGCUAGAUGGUCCGACUCCAAUCAGGCGAAAGUCUUCCGUAACGAUACCCAAAAUGGAACACAUCAGUAAUAAUCGGGGCAAGCUUUUACGUCGUGCGUCGCUAGAUGAUUUGGAACAGAACAGCUGCCAGCUUGCACCAUCAAUUCAACAUAGAAUUAUUGUCGUGCAGAAUGAAGAUCAUAUUCGAGAAAUGAUUUUAAGGCGAGAGACUAUUGAAAAAAAUUUUGUUAUCAAGGAAACCGACGAGCUUACCCCGUAA